AUGGCAUCUAAUAAUUCAUUUAUGCAUUUAAUAAGACCUAAUGUAUUAGCACCAGCAGCUGGAUCAGCAAAUGGACCAGCGAAAAUAAAAAUUCAUACUCCAGCAUUAUUAACCAUAUUAGAAAUUAUAUCAAAACAAGUAUUAGGUAAAAGAAUUAUAGGUAGUUUAUUAGGUAUAAGAUCAGAUGAUGGAUUAGAAAUUGAAAUUAAAGAUGCAUUUAUGGUACCAUGUAAUGAAACUGGAGAAUCAAUAGCUAUAGAAGAUCAAGCUCAUAAAUUAUUAUAUCAACUUUAUAAAAAAUCACAUCCAAAAGAAACUGUUAUUGGAUGGUUUGGUAGUAUGAAAGAAAUUGAUGAUACAACUAGUUUAAUACAUGAUUUUUAUUCAAAAGGUCAAGAUAGAUCAUUUCCACAUCCAGCUAUAUAUUUAAAUAUUGAAUAUUUAAAUGAACAAAAUGAAAUCAUAUCUCCAAAAAUUAUAACAUAUAUUGGAGCAGCAGUUGGUAAAUCUCAAGCUAAAUCAAAUGUACAAAUUGGUUGGAAUAAAACUACAAAUAUAAAUAAUUCAUAUAUUUUUACACCAAUUCCUAAUGAAAUUAUAAAUGGUACAACUACUGAAAAAAUAGCAUAUAAUCAAUUAUUACAAAAUUCAAUAAAUAAUAAUAUAAAUAAUUCAUCACAAAAUUCAUCAAUUCAAAAUCAAAAUCAAUUAUCAUACGUAUCACAGAAUUUAAAACAAGUUCAAAAAAAUGUUGAAAAUUUAUUAAAUUAUAUUAAUUCAUUAACUACCCAACAAAAAUCAACUGAUGAAAAUUUAAAUCUUUUGAGAAAUUUAAUAAAUAAUUUAUUAUCAAAACCUCAAAUUUUAAAUAACUCUAAUGAAUUAAAUAAAAUGUUUGAAAAUCAUAAUCAAGAUGUUAUAAUGAUUGAAUAUUUAACAAAAGCUGUUAAAGAUCAAAUUGAAUUAAGUGCAAGAUUAACUGCUAAAGCUGAAUCAGAAAAAAGAUAUUAA